CCAUGACUGCGCAAUACUUUGGUGCCUAGCCCCUUAGAUGAAGAAGCCAUUCCACAUACUUCGCUACCUUUCGACUGUUGGACGCUUUCUUUCUUAAUCUUAUGUACAGCUUCGUCCGGAUUCUGGCCUUUCUGCUCUCAGGUCUCAGGACGAAUUCCCGUCGCUCACUCUAAGGAUCCGGCGCAUCAGCAAGAUUGGUAAUAUCUGAUAGUGGCACAAUGCCACCUCAAAGGUCACACUCGCCAGACCAGAAGGCGCGUAAGAUGAGAAAGGGAACACAUAGUUGCUUCGAAUGUCGAAGACGGAAGAUACGAUGCAUUUUCCCACAAGACAAUCCAGAAAUUUGUACAGAAUGCUUCGCACGUGGCUCUAAAUGUAUCGAUCAAGAACAUGCUUCCGCUGACGCCAUUGUUGAUCAACGUAAAAACCUACGUGAACGUGUCUCUAGGUUGGAGGCUUUGGUUGAGACCCUCUUGAACGAAAGGGACGAUAGGACAGAUCGGACCACUCGGCCCUCAGCAGAAGCUCUCAGGAACCUCAAGGGCGAGCCAUUCCCUCAUUCGCCACCUGUAUCUGUUGCUGCCGAUGUCAGCCACAGUCAUAAGGAUGCCCCUCUCUUACAAAUGUUCAACAACGACGUGAUCAGUCGAGCUGAUGAGAAUGAUACUUCAUUGAGCGAAUGCAUGCCAGUCAGACAGAAGUAUGUCGACAAUUCUGAUGCCAGUAAGGGCCCUAUCCUCGAUUGGAGCGCCGAGCCAAGCAGACCCCCUGAGACUUUCCAUGACCCUCAAUCAACAGCCACCAAAGAAAAAUACGAACGUACAAGACGUGCCCUGCUGGCUCCGUUGCCUUCAUAUGAUAAGACCGUCGAACUACUCACCCGUAAUGGGGACUGGUGGGCGACAUUCCGACAAAAGUGUCCAGGUACCUCUAUUAAAUAUGCCACGUUAUCCGACUUCGCCACAGAUGCUUUAACUAAAGGCCUUCCUGCCCAGCUUGGCCUUCUUGUCCUGGGUCUUGGCAUAAGUGUGGAUCAAGACGAUAUCGAGAAGUAUCUAGCUCUUGUCGAGAGAGAGGUUCUUGCCGAUGAUGAAUAUGGUUCAACGUUGGAAGGCAUGGAGUGCCUGAUCCUUGCGGCGAAAUGCUAUGCAGACAUUGGCCAGCCCCGGAAAGCGUGGCUUUGCUAUCGUAAAGGCCUAGCAUAUGCGCAAUUGAUCGGUCUCCAUCGCAACCACUCCAUGUCCCCUGAGCGUGACAGUAUAUGGUGGGUACUAUAUCAGGGCGAUCGUUUCAUCAGUCUCCUACUAGGCCUUCCCUAUGGUAUACCUGACUUGCACUGUGAUCUCGAACUUCGGGGUGCCAUGGCCGACCACACCCAAUCGCCCUUUGCAUUCCUUACCUCAAUCUCUAAGCUCGCCGGUAAAGUCAUCGAUCGGACCCAAGGAACCGCUCCAUCCUCUUUCUCAUCCACUCUUGACAUCGACAGUGAACUGGAAAGGGUUUUAAGCCUAGUGCCUCCCGGGUGGUGGGACACCGCUGCUUUGGAGGCAGACGUUGUUGACAUCCAUCGACCAGUAGGUGCUGCUGUAUUGAAAGAGAAAUUGCUGUCGCAGAUGGCGUACCACCAAAUCCGAGUCUACCUUCACUUGCCGUUCAUGCUUCAGAGCGCCAACAAUCCCCGAUACGAGUACAGUCGGACAACGUGUCUCAACAGUGCUCGCGAGAUGUUACGACUCUACCACCUACUUCGUGCCGGUACAGGUCAACCUCUGUAUGAGUGCAAAGCUGUAGAUUUCCUUGGUUUCACGGCAUCUAUUCUCGUUCUACUUGGUCUGCUCGGCUACGGUAGAUUGGGUGCAGUCCCGAAUCCUCUGCAAGAGGAAACCGAUUGGCGUAUGAUUGAGAUAAGCAUGGACAUUUUCCAGCGCGCAUCCGACGAGAAAGGCGGGAAGGUCGCGGCACAAAGCUACAAGGUCUUGGAGCAGCUCAGUACGGUCCGUCACAUGGACAUGUCUACGUGCAAAACAAUGUCGCAUUCCGCCAGGAUCAUCAUUCCUUACUUUGGAACCAUCUCCGUACGCUGCGGCUCAAAUUUCAAUCCUCUAUCAACUCCCUCCGCUUCAAACUCGACAAUAAAUACACCACCAUCCAUGAACUCUUCCAACUCACCCACCGUAUAUCCCAACAACAACUUGAAUCAUCUUCAUAAGCCGAGCUCUACCCCGGCCACGACUCCGUCUAUCAUCUCACCUUCCACAGCGAGGAACACAGGCAAAGCUGUUGAGAUGCAUGAUCCGUUCUUAGUAUAUGACGGCUUCUAUAUGCCUAACAACCUCGAAGCCAACCAAGCGGCGUCGUCGAUCGGCGGGGAAGACGGGCUCGGCACCUUCUCUGCCUCCAAUGCUGCAAAUCCAUGGAGCAUGGGCGCCAUGGACAUCGAUCAAGACUGGAGUUGGUUUCUUAAUGAUGCGAAUAGUAUGGGCAUGGGCAUGGGCGGCGCAGGCGGUAUUAAUGGUCAAGGCAGCCAGCCGAAUAAUGGCGUGCAGAACAGCCUGCAUGGAACUUAUUUCCCCUGACCUGAUGGUGUUAUGUCUGGCAGGGAUUUUAUCUGGCGUUUUGGGAUGAAGCACUCGAUUGCUCGUGGGAUGAUAUCAACACUGAUGACAUAGGGCAUCAACUUGGGGCUGGCGGUGUCUGCUGUCGCAACAAUUAUGCGUU